AUGGCGGAUAGAUAUUCUUUCUCCUUGACAACCUUCUCCCCCAGGUGUUACCUCAUGGGAAUCAAAGGUACACACAUAUCCUCACUAAACAUACGUAUUUGUGCUAACUUGUCAUCAGCUACCAACGGCAUUGUCCUCGCCACGGAGAAGAAGUCCUCAUCAACCCUCAUCGAUCCCCCCUCCCUCUCAAAAGUCUCUCUUAUCACUCCAAACAUUGGCAUGGUCUACUCCGGCAUGGGACCUGAUUACCGCGUACUUGUUGAUAAGGCCCGCAAAGUAUCCCACACUGGCUACAAGCGUAUUUAUAAUGAAUACCCACCCACCCGUAUAUUAGUACAAGACGUUGCACGGGUGAUGCAAGAAGCUACGCAAUCGGGAGGUGUACGACCAUAUGGUGUUAGUCUGUUGAUCGCAGGUUGGGAUGAUGGAAUUGAGCCAGAAUCGGAGGAUGUUGCUGGUGCAGAAGUGCAUCCGGAUGAGAAGAAGCCAUCGGGCAAGACUGGUGGUAUCUUGAAGGGUGGACCUAUGUUAUACCAAGUUGAUCCUAGUGGCAGUUACUUCCCAUGGAAGGCGACUGCCAUUGGAAAGAAUGCUACUUCAGCAAAGACUUUCUUGGAGAAGAGAUACACCGAGGGAUUGGAGUUGGAAGACGCUGUACACAUUGCUCUGUUGACGUUGAAGGAGACCAUUGAAGGAGAGAUGAAUGGCGAUACAGUAGAGAUCGGUAUUGUAGGACCACCAGCCGAUCAUUUAAUGGGCAUUGAGGGAGUCGAAGGUGCUCAAGGCCCACGUUUUAGAAAACUGAGCCCUCAAGAAAUUGAGGAUUACCUUACGAAUCUAUGAGCUAGCUGCUUUUCUUUUAUUCUGCAAUAGCAAUGAGCUUUAACGUAGUCCCAAGGUCAUGAUGUAUUAUAGAAUGGCAUAAGAAGGCAAAAUGAGCAAAGAGAUACCAUACUGAUGUACUUCCAUCCAUUCUUGCUCUUCAAUCUAUUGCGAGGUCUCUUCGAAUUUUUAUUCCAUUUAUUCCUGUUCAAAAGCU